UAAUCCCAAAUUCCAAUUCUUUCUGCAGGCAGAAAUAAUCUUCAUAAUCCAUCAUCUCUUACGAUUACGACAGCAUUCUAUCGACUGUGUUUGCUGCUCAAGAUGAUCUACACUCCGAUCUUCCUUGCGCUCAUCGCGCCCAUCGCUGCCCAGUCCAGCUCCAACUGGACCCUCCCCGCUGGCUUUGAUCUGAACAAGGUCGACUCAACCACCAGAGCAAACUGGUGUCUCGCGGAGCGCAACAACUGUCCCAAGAUUUGCGGUGGUGUUGCCACUGACAACCGCUGUGAUCAGGACACCCUUGAUUUCACCUGCACUUGCUCCAACGGCACCGACGCCAAUGUAGGACUCUAUCAGGGCACGAUUCCUUUCUUUGUCUGCCAGGAAGAGUACGCGCAGUGCAUCCAGCAAUCGACUACCCAGGAUGGCGACGAGGUGUGCAAGGAGGGUUUGAACAGCUGUGGAAGCCUCAAUGCUUCUGCUUCCACCACCACUUCGACCACUACUACCACCUCAACCACAGUGACUUCUGAGACUAGCACCGCGACCGGCGACUCGAGCAACACCGAGGCAACGGCCACCGACUCCAGCGACAGCCCGAGUGAGACCGAUGGGGCGAUGCGCUUGAUGCAGAACUAUGGAUUGGCUGGGUUCGCGACCGUGAUGGUAGCCGCGUUCGCGCUCCUGUAGACUAGUCGUAAAUGAGUCUUUUGUGUGAAAGGGGAUGGCUGGCUAUUGAACAUUAUGAUGAUUAUGAGUAUAAUGUAAUUUUUUUUGAG